UUUCGCGACGUACGUUCGGACUUUAAAAUCCGUCCUGUUUUAAUCACUAUUAUCUAUCUACCUAACACGUACACACACAACGAUGCCGUUCCUAUUUCGAACGUCUGCCGGCGUGCGGGACCGGUGACUUGAAUACCGGACAUUUCAAAAACCAAACGAUGCCUGUUGACCAGUUCGUUUGUUGCUCUUCAAUUCUGGUUUUAACCGGUCAGUGAUCUAAAAACUUUAAACAGUAUGGAGUACACGUGGACGCUGGUGUCUAACACUGACGAUCAAGGUUUAGGCAGUGAAACAAGUCUGUUGAAUUGUAAUGUUCAAGGACCGCACUCGGGUCAAAUAUUAAUACUCUCGAAUGAGUCCAGCACCCAAGCCAUACAAAAUCAAACUUUACCUGAUAUUACAAGUCCUCUGGAAAAAGAUUAUGGAGCGAGCCGGAUACAUUCAAAUGAACCCAGGAAACUUCAUCUCAUGCAUAAUAGGAGUGAUUUUGUAGGUGGUAUUGAUAACGAAGCAUUGGAUUUCAGUCAUUUGACUGACGAGUUCAUUCAAAAUAACAACACAGAAGCUAAUCAAUUCUUCCACGAAACCGUCGACCAAAACGAUCACGUGAUGGUUCGAAUAAAUACACCGUACCAACAAGAACAGCCUCAGCUCUUCUUGAAAAACGCGUCGAUACCGCCAAUCGCCGACUUGUCGUUCCACGCUAACACUGUUUUACCCAACGCCGGUUUGCCUAGUAAGCCAAUCAAGGAUAAGUCACACAAUUACACCAACAGGCACAACUUACCAGAAAGUCCACCGGACUCCGAACCACCGUAUUCGCCGGCCGACGGCGUUGGCCAAUCACCGCACCGAAGAACGCCGAAUUUGCAAUGUCUCAUUUCGGCCAAUAAGGGUCAAAUGCCGAUGAACCCCGGCGGCACCACCGGGCUCUAUCAAAAACAACCCGUAGUCGCUAAAAUCCCACACCCGUUGUCUGUUCAACCGUUGAUGAUAAAUCAACCAGGAUCGUCGUCUCACGUCACACAUUUAGAUUUUAAUCAAAUGCCGCCUAACGCUAGGGCAAUAGAAAUACCCGAGCCCGAAUACACGGACUUGUUAAACGUAACUGUCUCGGAGAAGAAGCGAAAACUUUGUGCGGACAUCGUUGGAGGAAACACCGGCGGUAGCAACGUCCGCGUCAAAAAAGAAACUGAAAAUUGCGGUAAAAAACCAAUCACUCACGUGUCGCCGUCGGGAAGAUCGGUUUGUAGCGAAGACAGUUACACGUACCAGGAUAGCUGCGAGUCGGGUCUGUAUAACGACACGAGUUUUCAGUGUAUCCGUUUCCAACCAUUUCAAGAAUCGUCGUGGAACACGUUAUGCGAUCACUCUUUAAAGGAACUGCCAGUACCACAUUAUCGAGUAGAUGCAGAUAAAGGCUUUAAUUUUUCAAACGUUGACGACGCAUUUGUUUGUCAAAAGAAAAAUCAUUUUCAGAUUACAUGUCAUACACAACUACAAGGUGACGCACAGUUCGUCAGAACUACGGAAGGAAUCCAUAAAGUUGGCAGUUUUCAUUUACACUUUUACGGUGUUAAAGUCGAAUCACCUGGUCAAACAAUUAAAGUAGAACAGUCUCAAAGUGAUAGAAGCAAAAAAGCAUUUCACCCAGUCUUGCUGGACUUACGCGAAGAACAAGUGUCCAAGGUGACGGUGGGCCGGUUGCAUUUCAGCGAGACUACGUGCAACAACAUGAGGAAAAAAGGAAAGCCGAAUCCGGACCAGAGGUAUUUUUACCUGGUGGUGGGCCUGCACGCGCACUGCAUCAACGACCACGACUAUCCGAUCGUCUCGUACGCGUCCGAGCGGAUAAUUGUCAGGGUAAUCCAAGCUUCGAAUCCGGGCCAGUUCGAGAGCGACGCGGAGCUGUGUUGGCAACGGGGCACCACACCAGAGUCGAUUGUGCACACCGGCAAGGUGGGCAUCAACACGGACCGACCGGACGAGGCGCUGGUCGUGCACGGAAACGUCAAGCUUACGGGACACAUAAUUCAACCGUCAGACAUCAGGAUCAAACAACACAUACAAAAAUGCGACACGAGCGAGCAGUUGCGGAACGUGCAGAAAAUAAACGUGGUCCAUUUUAGCUACAAGCCGGAAUUUUCAUCGUUGUUCGGGCUGUCUCUGAAGGAAGCCGACACCGGGAUCAUAGCGCAGGAGGUGCAAGCCGUAUUGCCAGAAGCCGUUACCAACGCCGGCGGCAUAGCGCUGCCCAACGGGACUGUGUACGACGACUUUUUGGUCGUCAACAAAGAUCGGAUUUUCAUGGAAAACGUCGGAGCCGUAAAAGAGCUGAGCAAGAUCACCAGCCACUUGGAAGCUAGGAUCAGUGAGCUCGAACAGGACCAUAAGCGUUGUUUGUUGUUGGCAAAUAGUCAUCCAGGCAUAGCGCUAUCGGAUUUAUCCACUACAACCUACUCUAGCAAGCAUAACGAUUACGAUGCUACCGUUGAAAAACGUAAACUGUUAAAACCGACGAAUUCGAGUGAUGUUUACUGUGGGAAAUUUGUGCAAAUUUCAAUUAUAUCUUUAACUGUUGUUAUUGCGAGUUGUUUAAUUUUUAUAACUGGACUAUUUUUUAUGGAACACCAUUACAGAAAUCAAAUAACAUUCACAAGUGAACAUGAACUUAUCGUCAAACCGUUUAAUAUAAAUGCAAUACAAGCACACGAAAGUAUUCAGCCAAAGGACACUGGUCAAUUACCGUUGGAAAUAGACGGGUUUCUCGACAAAGACAAACAUUUGACUUGUAUGCGGCUCAGGCGACUUGUAACGAACAGCAGGAGUUGUGAAUACGAUAAGAUCAAAAUGAAAAUGAAUAAAAUCACGGGGAAAAAAAAGGAAGAGGGCAAAAACAUCAACGAGUUUAUUAGUUUUAUCGUCAAAAUCGAUCGUGCAGUGGACAUUGUAUACAAGGACGUUACGAUCGGCGUGUAUGGGAGUUACAGCAACUUCACGGCAGAAACCAACGUGACGGACGAAUGCAGUCGGUCGGAACUGCUCCAACAGUGUAGCGACAAGUCGCUGUUCGUGUACGGGUUCCAACUUCCGGUCACCAAACAACGUACUGACUACUUUAUCAACGUGUCUUAUCGCAUAAGCAAAGGCAACUUGAACGAUUAUCUGACAAGCAUGUCAGUGUCGAUGACUUGUCCGUCGGACCCGAACACCAGUCUAUGGGCGGCGAACGGCACCCGAUGGAAUCCGUCAGACACGUCAUACGAAUGGCAGACCGACAAGUAUUCCGUUUCCGAAGACUCGGAAUCGGUAACCGUAAUCGUCCGGUACAAACCAUGGCCGUACGAACGGUUGAAGGCGUCGUGCAGGUCAACCGAAGAUAAACGGACUUUAGCCGUCGUCGAGUAUACCGUCUCUCUGCACAAGGAUUUCAGCGAUGUCGUGUAAACCAAUAUCAACAUAAUGAUAAAAUGUAAAUGUACCUACCCGACAUAUUAUCUCCAAACAUUGCGAUGAAAUGAUUGAAAACGAGACGGAAAUAAUUAUUUGCGUAGCCGUUUAAUCGGUCGCCUCCGCGGGAUGUUGUCAAACUAUUAGAAAUAAUUGCAGUCUAUAUUAUUUUGAAUUUGAAUUCUUUUUUAAUAUUCAUUCUGUAACGACUCUUAUUUUUGGAAUCAUAGAUCUAAGCAUUCGUUUAUCUCGUUUUCGUCGGUAUUGUUUUCGUUUUAUCUAUUAAUGUAAUUAUUAAAAAAAACAAAAAAAACGUCACAGACGGCUCGUGUAAAUUUGAUCUAUUUCGAGAUUUUGUUUCACAUAUCAGGCACAUCAUACGUUAUCUUAUUUACCUUCACACAUCGUUUUUUUUUUUUACUCACCUUAGUGAUUAAAAACUAUAUAGUAAUAUUAUAGGUACCUAAGACACCUAACGGUACGCACAACUUUUUUUCGUCUUAUAACAGUCAACAUUCGCUUUUUACACAUAAUAUCUAUUCUCAUUUAAUAUUUAAAAUGAACGGCGUGUUUUUUUUAAUCGAUUUGAGUUCGCACACAAUACAACUGACCAUAUAAAAAAAAAUUCUUAAUUUUGUGAUUUAUUUGUUAUCAUAAUAAUCUAUAUAUAUGUAAUAAUAAACCUAUAAUAAAUUUCACCAAAACGAACAUUGGUAAACUGAGUGUUGUAGCGAAAGAGCCGUUUAUCUAAAAUAAUAAAUGUAUUGUUAUGUUGAUUUGCAUAUUUGUCGCCAUACGAAAUGAACGGCUUUUAGAACUCGGGAUAUUUAUAAACGUAAUUUUUUUUUUUCAUUUUUUAGUUUAGAAUAAUUUUUCUGUAGGUUAAUAUAAUAUGUACAAACUGUUGUUUCGAACAGCAUUAUAAUAUUACGUUGUGUGAAAGGAGAAA